AUGGCAGAGGAAGGCUCAGCAGGCUGUUUCGACGACGAGGCCAUGGAAGACGAUGUUAGAGAAAUAGGCAUUAAUAUAUUUCGCUACCAGGACCUGGCCAUUGCCACCAACGGCUUCUCGGAGUUUCUACAGGGGCCAUUGACCACAGUGUACAGGGGCUUCUUGGAGGACUUGCGCCUCCAUGUCGCCAUCAAGAGAGUUUCUAAGGGAUCCAGGCAGGGGAAGAAGGAGUACGUUUCCGAGCUGAAGAUCAUAAGGCGGCUGAGGCAUCGUAACCUCUACGUGCAGCUCGUCGGCAGCUGGUGCCACCACGGCGUUGGGGAGCUCCUUCUUGUGUAUGAGUUGAUGCCCAAUGGCAGCCUCGAUAGUCGAUACCCAUCAUCUUCAUACGCUGAUAGGAUAUUACCCUGGACAGUGAGGCAAGAACGACUCUUAAGGAUCGCGUCGGCACUCCUGUACCUGCACGAUGAGUGGGACCAGUGCGUUCUGCACAGGGACAUUAAGCCGAGCAACAUAAUGCUGGACGCGUCCUUCAACACCAAGCUCGGAGGCUUCGGGCUGGCGAGGCUUGUCGACCACGGCCGGGCCUCCUACACCACGGUGCUCGCCGGCACCAUGAGUUACAUGGACAUGGACCCAGAGUGCAUGGUCACCGGGAGAGCCAGCACGGAGUCAGCAGAUAUCUACAGCUUCGGCAUCGUCCUGCUGGAGAUCGCAUGCGGUCGGGUGCCCCUCGUGGUCCGGCGGGAUGACGACGUCGUCAUCCAUUUGGCUCAGCGGGUGUCGGAGCUGUACCACGGGGGACAGGUCCUCGGCGCGGCCGACCCACAGCUCAACGGCAAUUUCAACGUGGAAGAGAUGGAGUGCGCCGUCGUCGGCGGCCUCUGGUGCGUGCACCCUGACCGGAGCAUGAGGCCGUCCAUCAGGCAGGCUGUUACUGUUAGUAUGCUUUGGUCUGAGGCGGAAGUACCAAAACUCCCUGUGAGGAUGCCGCCGCCGGCAGCUCUUGUGGGUUCCUUGUUGCUUUUGGGACAAUCUAAUUAA